AAAAAAAAAAAAAAAAAAAAAAGAUACACCUCAAAAAUGCAACUGAAAACCGCCCUCCUCACCCUCGCCGCUACGGCCCUCGUCGCCGCCAAGGAUGAAACAACAACCACGGCCCCCUACUUCGGCGCCAGUGUGUCCUUCUGGCAGCCCACGUACUCCGGCAUAGCGGGCAGCGUAGCAGGAAUCAACGCCAAAGAAACAACCUACCACAUCAGCUGCACCAAAGACGCGCCCAAGUCACUCUGCCAGAUCGACAAGCCCUGGACCAUGAUCCAGGCACAAGAAUCGUGGAGCGUGACGGGCGUUUACACGGCCUGGAGUAGUGAGAAGGAUGCAGUGACGGCGACGCAGGACUAUUCCUGCACGUUCAAGCACUGGUCGGAGUCGGCGUCUUGUGCGUUGACGAUGAAGGCGACGGGGACGUUCAAAGGGGGGUCGUGGUCGAGCUCGACGUCGACGAAGGUCAGUGUCGCUAGUGAUAAGAUUACGACGUGGGGGUUGUUGGUUACUGGUGGUGUGGAUUCUUUCACUAUGCCGCAGGCGACGCAGACGCCUGGGGCUGCUGCUAUUGGGGCGCCGGUCAAUGCUAGGGCUGUUGCUACUGGUAUGCCUUUGGCUGGGGCGGCAGCUGUUGCUGUUGCUGCUAUGUUUUAGAAAGGGGUUGGGGGGGGGGGGGUGUAAGGC